AUGCCUUAUUCGCUCCCUGAAGAUGCAAAACCCUUCACUCUACACAUACCUGAUGAUGAGUACUCACAAUUCGAAGAGCUCCUUCGUCUCUCACGCAUCGGACCUUUGACUUGGGAAAAUCAGCACCAAGAUGGUAGCUAUGGCGUCCCACACGAGUGGCUUGAGGAAAAGAUCAAUUCUUUCUCAAACUUCAAGCUUUCGGUCCAAGACGAGACAGGUGUUGUCGACCUCCAUUUUGUGGGCAUUUUCUCAUCCAAAGAGGACGCAAUUCCGAUCGUUCUCCUACAUGGCUGGCCGGGCAGCUUCCUCGAGUUCCUCCCUACCCUUGAUCUGAUCCAGAAAAAGUACCAGCCCGCACAAUUGCCAUUUCAUGUCAUCGUCCCAUCUUUGCCCGGCUACACUCUUAGCUCAGGCCCGCCCCAGGAUAAAGCGUGGGUGGCGGAAGAUGCGGCACGAAUCAUUGAUCAAGCUCUUAAGAAGCUCGGGUUUAACCAAUAUGUUGUCCAGGGUGGGGAUGUUGGAUGCCUUGUGGCUUCUCUUCUCGGGACGAUGUAUGAUUCAGUCAUCGGAGUGCAUCUCAAUUUGCUCCCCAGCUUGGAUCAGGUUGAUUCCGAUGACCCUGAUCUUUCCGAAAUUGGGAGGCAAGCUGUCCAGCGAGGAAAGAAGCGCUUCCAAACACCGACGUCAGGCGCCGCCAUUAUGAACAGCACUCGGCCUGCUACAAUUGGAGCAGUCGUCUCGUCCAAUCCUCUAGCUUUGUUAGCCUGGGUUGGGGAGAAGUUCUUAGAGUGGCCGGAAGAAGAUAUCAGCAUUGACGAGGUUUUGGCUAAUGUGUCACUAUAUUGGUUCACGGAUUGCUUUCCGCGCUGCAGCUAUACGUAUCGCGGCACUUUUCUUGUUGGGCCUCCUCCAAGCCUGCCUUUCAUCGACAAGCCCUUCGGAUUCUCAUGGUUUAUGCAUGAGCUGGCACCGGCACCUCAGAAAAUUCUGGAGACCAAGGGAAAGUUGGUCUUCUAUAGACAACAUGAGAAGGGGGGACACUUCGCCGCCUUAGAGCGGCCAGCUGAAUUUCAACGGGAUAUUGAAGAUUUUAUGAAGGUCGUAUUGAAAGGCAUCGGAAAUCCUUGAUUACCAGAGACUUAUUUGCACCCACA